ACCGAGCGGGCGAUGGGCCGCCCGGGCCGGCUGCUGCUGUGGCUUGGAGCCGCGGGCGCCAUUCUCUGCUCCAGCCCGGGGUCCCAGGCGCCUCUCCUGCCCCCCUCGUCCCCGCCGGUGCCGACUCCCAGCCCCCGGGACGCGAAAGUCAGGGUCUCGCCUCGCGGCUUGGAGCCAGCCUCCCCGCUGAAGUAUCCCGGCACCGAGCGGUCUUGGCUGUUUUCCACCUGCGGGGCCAGCGGCCGGCGAGGGCCCACACAAGCACAAUGUGACGGGACGUACGCGGGGAGCAGCGUGGCGGUGACCGUGGAGGCCUCCGGGCCGCGGAGGGGCGCGCAGCUGUGGCGGGCGCCAGGCGCCGGCCAGUAUCUGAUCUCAGCCUACGGGGCCGCGGGCGGCAAAGGCGCCAGGAACCACCUGUCGCGGGCGCAUGGCGUCUUCAUCUCGGCGAUCUUCUCCCUCGGUCGCGGGGAGCCGCUCUACAUCCUCGUGGGACAGCAGGGGGAGGACGCCUGUCCCGGAGGUAGCCCGGAGAGCCGGCGCGUCUGCCUCGGGGAGUCUACGGCCGCUGAAGAGCGCGCGGCCAUGGAGGGCACCGAAAACGUCCCGCGGGCGGAGGGCGGCCAGGGCUGCGCGGAGGCCUGGGCGACGCUUGACUGGGCCGCGGCCGGCGGCUUCGGGGGCGGCGGCGGGGCCUGCACUGCGGGCGGAGGCGGCGGCGGCUACCAAGGGGGUGAUGCCUCAGAGACUGAUGACGUCUGGGCUGACGGGGAAGAUGGGGUAUCCUUCAUACACCCCAGCAGCGAGCUCUACCUGCAGCCUCUGGCGGUCAUGGAGAACCACGGAGAGGUGGAGAUCCGAAGGUACUUCAACUGCAGUCACUGCCCUUUGAGAGACUGCCAGUGGCAGGCAGAGCUCCAGCUGGCUGAAUGUCUGUGCCCAGAGGGCAUGGAGCUGGCUGUGGAUAACACCACCUGCAUUGACCUGCCUGCCCCCCCAGGCCCUCUGGUUCUGAUGGUGGCUGUGGUGGCGACCUUGACACUGAGCCUCUUUAUGGUGUGCGGGGUCCUAAUUCUGGUGAACCAGAAGAAGUGGCAUGGUCUGUGGGGGACGAGGUUGCCAGGCCCUGAGCUUGAGCUGAGCAAGCUUCGAACCUCUGCCGUCAGAACAGCCCCCAAUCCCUAUUACUACGAGGUGGGGCUUGGCCCGCCUCAGUCCUGGUCUCUGCCCCCGGGGCUCACCGAGGUUUCCCCAGCCAGUGUCACCCUGCUCAGAGCCCUGGGCCACGGUGCCUUUGGGGAGGUGUACGAGGGACUGGUAAUUGGCCUUCCUGGGGACUCCAGCCCCCUGCAGGUGGCUAUCAAGACCCUGCCUGAACUCAGCUCUCGUCAGGAUGAGCUAGAUUUCCUCAUGGAGGCACUCAUUAUCAGCAAGUUUAGCCAUCGGAACAUUGUGCGGUGUUUGGGGCUUAGCCUACGGGCUGCCCCUCGCCUGAUUCUGCUGGAGCUGAUGUCUGGAGGUGACAUGAAGAGUUUCCUGAGGCACAGUCGGCCACACCUGGACCAGCCAUCACCUCUGGUCAUGCGGGACCUGCUGCAGCUGGCCCAGGACAUAGCCCAGGGCUGUCAUUACUUGGAGGAAAAUCACUUCAUCCACAGGGACAUUGCUGCCCGGAACUGCCUCCUGAGCUGCACUGGACCCAGCCGAGUGGCCAAGAUUGGGGACUUUGGGAUGGCAAGAGAUAUCUACCGGGCCAGUUAUUACCGCAAGGGGGACCGGGCUUUGCUCCCAGUCAAGUGGAUGCCCCCAGAAGCCUUCCUGGAGGGCAUCUUCACAUCCAAGACAGACUCCUGGUCUUUUGGGGUGCUGCUCUGGGAGAUCCUCUCACUGGGCUACAUGCCCUACCCUGGACGCGCCAACCAGGAGGUGCUGGACUUCGUCGUUGCAGGGGGUCGGAUGGACCCUCCUAGGGGCUGCCCAGGGCCUGUGUACCGCAUCAUGACCCAAUGCUGGCAGCACCAGCCUGAGCUCCGCCCUGGCUUUGCCAGCAUCUUGGAGCGUCUUCAGUACUGCACUCAGGACCCUGAUGUGCUGAAUGCACCCCUUCCAAUGGAGCUGGGGCCCAUCCUGGAGGAGGAAGGGGCCUCUGGGUUGGGAAACAGAUCUUUGGAGUGCCUAAGAGUCCCUCUGCCCCAGGAACUGAGUCCAGAACACUUGAAGAGCUGGAGAGGGAGCCUUCUUGGCCCCUGGCUGUCCUCUGACCUCAAGUCCCUCAAAUCCAGAGGCCUACAACCUCAGAGCCUUUGGAACCCCACCUACGACUCCUGGGGUCCUAAAGUCCCUGAGGGUGAGGAUUCAGGCAUUGAGGGUAGCAACGGCUCCCCCUUGCACCCCUUCUCAGGCUUCUAGGGACUUGUUAUUCCAUCACAGUCUGUGCCUCUCUCAGGGCAGGCCUGGCAGCACUGAACUUUCCAUGCUGGAAACCAGUCCCAGGCCUCCCGGAGAAGGGCCUGGCCAUUCCCAGUUUUUGAUCUUUGGGACCAGAGGUCGCCCUCCACACAUAGCCAGGUUUCGGUGAGGAGUCUUGGAUCACUCUCCCCCUAAGAGCAUCCUUCAUCUGGGCAGUUCCCAACCCUGCAGAUUCCUAAUAAAAAGCUUUUUUCAUGUC